UGUCAUAUAGACAAACGAGUUCAAGCCACUCAGACUUUAUAAAGUUCAUCAUGGCUAACCAAGGAAAAUACAUGAAGUUACCGGUAUUUCUGGAAGAGAAGGAGGCAAAAAUCACAUACAGUCCGACAGAGACCUCCCCACCUAUACUGGCUGAAAAAAUCUCUGACUUGGGAUAUCCCUCAAAGGUCAAGUUAGUACAUCCAGUCAGGGGAGACAACUGCCAAGAUGCCAUCAUCAAUGUAGAGGGCAUGACCUGUCAGUCAUGUGUCAAAUCCAUAGAAUCCAAGAUUUCAGAGGUCAGUGGAGUACUGGGAAUAACAGUGUCCUUAGAGAAAAAUCAGGCCUAUGUCCAGUUCAACCCAGGCAAGAUAUCAGCUGAAAAAAUAGCUGAAGCUAUUGAUGACAUGGGGUUUGAUGCUUCCAUCCACUCCCUUACCAGAGACAAGGGUCUUACCACCAGGAUUGGUGUAGAGGGGAUGACCUGCCAGUCCUGUGUCCACUCCAUUGAAACAGCCAUGGGUGAUAAACCAGGAGUUAGAGAUAUAAAGGUGUCACUCACUGAUAAAGAGGCAGUCAUAGUAUAUGAUCCCACCCUCACAAACCCAGGAGAAUUAAGGGAACAGAUAGAUGACAUGGGGUUUGAGGCCACACUGGUAAAAGAGUCAUCAAUUGACAGUGAGUUUGACCGACUAGCUUCACGACAGUCCUCCACUAGAUCAGUCCCAAGUGAACAAGUCUGCCAGAUUUCUGUCAUUGGAAUGACCUGUCAAUCCUGUGUCAAAAAUAUUGAGUCCAACAUCUCAUCUAAAGCUGGGGUAAAGUCCAUAUCUGUGUCACUUGAAAAAGAAAUGGCCACUGUUACUUACAACAUAAUGGUUACAAAUCCAAAAGCCAUAGCUGAGAUGAUUGAUGACAUGGGAUUUGAAGCUUCUGUUCAGGGUUCAGAUACAGAGAAUGAUGUUGAAACUGUUGUGCUUGGAGUUGGUGGUAUGACCUGUCACUCCUGUGUAAAGAGCAUUGAAGACCACAUUUCCCAGAACCCUGCUGUGAAGUCAAUCAAAGUGUCUCUUUCAGAUCAAAAUGCCACCAUAGUGUAUUAUCCAAACAGAGGGACCCCAGAAACUCUGAAAGAUGCUAUUGAUGAUAUGGGUUUUGAUGCAUCUCUUCCAACAGAUAAUAUUGAUGUGAAAGUGGUCCAGCCUAACAAAAAGGGCUCAAGCAAACAGAAGGCCUCUCAUCAUGACAGUGUGAAGGUAGACAUGGAUAAAGGCUCCGUCUCAUUUCACAAGGAUAAUCCAGAUGAUGACCUAGAAAAAUGUUUCUUGCGAGUCACCGGGAUGACUUGUGCUUCUUGUGUGGCAACCAUUGAGAAGAAUCUUUUGAAAGUAGAGGGUAUACACAGCUGUUUAGUGGCACUGAUGGCUCAAAAAGCAGAGGUGAAAUACGACCCUGCAUAUCUUUUGCCUUCCCAGAUUGCAGCCAAAAUCUCAAGUUUGGGAUUUGAGGCCACUGUCCUUGAAAAUGAGGGAUUCGGUCAAGGGGUUGUAGAACUUCUGAUAACAGGAAUGACGUGUUCAUCGUGUGUUCACAUGAUUGAGUCGUCCAUUCUGAAGAAGCCUGGUGUACUUACAGCAUCAGUAGCCCUGUCUACGUGUAAAGGGAAGUUCACCUAUAAACCAGAGGUUACAGGUCCCAGGGCAAUCAUUGAGGCAAUUAAGUCUUUGGGAUAUGAGGCUGAAUUAUUCACGGAUGAUGAUAAAGAUGCAGCUCGUUAUGAUCACAGAGAUGAGAUAAAAAGAUGGAGAGCCUCAUUUUUAUGGUCCCUGAUCUUUGGAGUGCCAUCACUAGUAAUCAUGAUGUACUUCAUGUUUGCCUCACCCCCAGAUGAGCCCACACCUGUCACUAACACUACAGGGAAUAUUACCACCGUAAAACCAGUAUCACAUGGCGGCCAUUACCAGAUCAUGAUUCUACCUGGUCUCUCUCUGGAGAACCUACUGAUGUUUAUUCUGGCCACACCUGUACAGUUUAUUGGAGGAAGAUAUUUCUACAUACAAGCUUUCAAAGCUGUCAGACAUGGAGCAGCAAACAUGGACGUUUUGGUAGUCUUGGCAACCACUAUAUCAUAUAUUUACUCCUGUAUUGUGGUCAUCGUUGCUAUGGUGAUGGAGGAGAAAGUAAGCCCUGUAACCUUCUUUGAGACGACACCAAUGUUGAUGGUAUUCAUUUCACUUGGACGCUGGCUGGAACAUGUCGCCAAGGGUAAAACUUCUGAAGCUCUGGCCAAGCUGAUGUCUCUACAGGCCUCAGAAGCUGUGCUGGUGGAAAUUGAUAAGGAAUUCAAUAUUCUGAAUGAACAAACGAUCAGUGUAGAUUUAGUCCAAAGAGGUGAUGUACUCAAGGUGGUUCCUGGUGAAAAGAUUCCAGUGGAUGCUAAAAUAAUUGAAGGACACACAACUUGUGACGAGUCCCUCAUCACAGGAGAAUCCAUGCCUGUCUCAAAGACCGUAGGUGCAACAGUGAUUGGGGGUUCCAUCAACCAGAAUGGAAUGAUACUGAUAGAGGCCACCCAUGUGGGAUCUGACACCACCCUGUCACAAAUCGUCAAACUAGUGGAGGAAGCACAAACAUCAAAGGCCCCUAUACAACAACUGGCUGACAAGAUAGCUGGGAUGUUUGUACCCGGAGUGGUCAUUCUAUCCACUCUGACAGUUAUUGCUUGGACCAUUGUGGGAUAUGUGGAUGUUUAUAAAGUAGAUGCAGACUUUGUGGAUGAUGGCACAAUGUCAAAAGAUGAGGUCAUAUUUCAGAAGGCUUUUCAGUAUGCCAUCACUGUACUGAGUAUUGCCUGUCCCUGUGCCUUAGGCCUGGCCACACCUACAGCUGUUAUGGUGGGGACUGGUGUAGGGGCUACAAAUGGCAUACUGAUCAAGGGUGGGGAGCCAUUGGAAUGCUCUCACAAACUGAAGUGUAUCGUGUUUGAUAAGACCGGAACUGUAACUCAUGGAGUCCCUCGUGUUGCCAGGGUAGCAAUGUUUGUAGAGAACUCUGUCUGCUCCUUUAUUAAACUGAUAGCCAUCGCAGGAACAGCUGAGACAAGCAGUGAACAUCCACUGGCCUCCGCAAUUGUCAAGUACGCCAAGCAGACUUUGAAGACGGAGACCUUGGGUAAGACACAGGGGUACCAGGCAGUGCCAGGGUGUGGUCUGAAAUGUACAGUUACCCAGAUUGAUGGUCUUCUAACAGAUAUAGAUCUGGAGGGAGUCAACAACAGGAAGAAUCUAAUGGGGAGCACAAGGGUCAAGACUGAUAAUGUUCUCUUUGAUGGGGAAGAAAUCAGUGCAACUAUUGAAGAGAGUGGUUUGGUGGGGGCCAUUGCCGCUACACCCUACAAGGUCCUGAUAGGAAAUCGGGAAUGGAUGACAAGAAAUGGCCUGACAGUGACUGAUAAAAUGGAUGAAACGAUGACAGAGCAUGAGAACCAGGGACAAACAGCAAUUCUGUGUGCCAUUGAUGAUGUGAUAGUAGCCAUGUUGGCGGUAGCUGACACUGUGAAGUCCGAGGCCCACCUGGCCAUCAGCACACUGAAGGAUAUGGGACUACAGGUGGUUCUACUGACAGGGGACAAUCAAAAAACAGCUAGGGCCAUUGCCAGACAGGUUGGAAUUCAAAAAGUAUUUGCUGAAGUGUUGCCCUCUCACAAAGUAAAAAAGAUCAAACAACUUCAGAAGCAGGGAAUGAAGGUUGCUAUGGUUGGAGAUGGUGUGAAUGACUCGCCAGCUCUAGCACAAGCAGAUGUUGGAAUUGCCAUAGGAACGGGAACAGAUGUAGCAGUGGAGGCCGCAGAUGUUGUCCUCAUCAAAAAUGACCUGCUAGAUGUAGCCGCAGCCAUUCAGCUCUCAAAGAAGACUGUUCGUAGAAUUCGCAUUAACUUCUUUGCUGCUUCCAUUUAUAAUCUGGUUGGGAUCCCUAUAGCUGCUGGAAUCUUUGUUCCCGUUGGUCUGUCUCUGAAGCCCUGGAUGGCCUCAGCAGCUAUGGCGUUAUCCUCAGUUUCUGUUGUCUUGUCUUCCUUGCUUCUGAAAACUUUCAAGAAGCCUUCGAAGGAGAAAAUGCUGACCCAAAAAUACUAUGCCAAAUUUGCUGCUGACCAGGAACUAGACAACAUUUCUGUUCACAGAGGUGUUGAGAGUCUGCCAUCGAGUCGUGAAGGAAGUAAGCAAGGCAGUAUUAUAUCACGCCUCAGUGGAAAAAAGAAGCCGGUCACUCCAGACCACACAAGUCUGCUGGAGAUGGGUGACAAUUCCGACUCCGAUUCCAGUGAACAUAUGGAAUAGUGGACUCUUCACAGCAUUACUGCAGAGAGGUCUCUAAAUGCAUUCUUAUUUGUUACUAAUAUCGUUUCACAAAACUUAUAGACACUGGUUGAUAUACUGAUACAGAAUUUUUACUUGCACUAGCAUAACAGGUUAAUGUUACAAAAUCAGUAUUGUUGUUUACCGUUUUAUUUCAAAGUGAACUGUAUUUCACCAUAAAUAUCCCUAUUAAAAUAUAUGUACUUACCUCUCCUUGCUAUGGAGGAGGCACAAGGCUGUAUUAAUAUAUAUAUAUGUGUAUGUUGUAUACAUCUAAUAGUUUGUUUUGUAAGCAGUACAUUUAUAAUAUUUUUUAUAAAUAUUUUAUUUUAUGGUCCAUAACUAAUUUUUCAAAGUCUUUCUUAUCAUGGCCAGAAUAUGUUGUACUUAGUCCCAAUUUUAAAAUUUGUAAACACUUGUGAUUCGCUCAUCAAGAUACCAGUUGUAUAUGUAAUUUAAAUGUUAAAUAUCCAGUAAAUGUAGCUUAUAAAAUGUAAUUGUUUAAUUUUUCUGAUAUCAGAUGAAUAAGUACAAAAUCUUGUUAUAAUUUCAUAUUUGUGAGAAAAGAAGUAUGGUUCAUUAAUUUUUAGAAUUUUUUUGCUUGUUAAGAGGCACACUUGUAUAUACGUUACUGAUGUUGAGCUUUCAUCAACUGAACUUUAUUAAUGUAUUUAAUUCACAAUUGUUUAGAAGAAUAUUCAACUGUAAAAAAAAAACGCCUACUAUGAAUAUAUUGUUGCUUUUGAAAUAAAAAACCUGUGUAAAAUGAAUUAAAAAAAUUAACAACCUUA